AUGGCAGGCUGGUUCUACAUCACCUCCGACAUGGACCCGUACCCCAAGAUGCACAUCCCGCACACAUACCCCGAAAAGGGCAGCCACCAUCUCGGGUGCCACCACAUCUCGACAAUCCCCUACAUGGCGCACAACCUGUACUCCAAGUUCCACGACAAGGACCUGGACGCGCACCAGCCCAAGACCGAUGUCCGCGAGACGACGCGGAAUUUCUACAUGGAAGUCGAGCUCCCGGGGGUCAAAGACCACGCGGAACUUCGGGUUAGGUGGACCAACUCGCGCACCCUUCUCCUGACGAGCAGGACCACGAGGCCCGAGAUCCCGGAGGAGGAAUUGCUCGAGGAGCCCGCGCAGGGGCAGCAGAACGGUGACACCACAACCGCCGCUGUGGAGGCCAAUGCCGCACCGUCGGCACCACAAGAGCAGAACCAGAACCGGAACGCACAGCCUAAGCUCUUGGCUCCGCACCUCACGAUCCACGAACGGCUCAUAGGCGACAUGGUCCGCGCGUAUAGCUUCCCUGUGGACGUCGAUCGGGACGCCACGCACGCGAAACUCGACGCCGGGAUCCUUAGGGUUGUUGUUCCAAAAGUGGAGCAUGUGCAUCCCGCUGCGCUGAAGGACGGGGAGGAGAAGCACUUCUUACAUGUGCCCGUGUGGAUUUCGGGUCAUGGACAUGGACAUGACAAUGAGCAGAAGGAGAAGUAG